CACGCUUUAUCUCUAUUUUAUUGGCAUGCCAUCUAUUCCUCCCAUUCGCCACAUGCCAGAGAGGAUGGUGGCCUGGAUGCAGUCUACUGGUGGAAUACUCUGCGGCCCAAUCUGCUGGCCUUGUCUUGCACACCUCGAGGUCUCUUGACUCUACAAAGAGCUGGUCUCUUGGACGACAUGGCCGAGUGUCUGGGCUCGUUGUAUACACAUAUUGCGGACACAGAGGUGAGUAGCGGUGAAUUUUCAUCGUCCUUGGUGUCUUUGACAAAUGGUCCAACCUCUCCUAGAGAGGACCGAAGGAGAUUCAGCCCUGACUUCUUUGUAAGUCAAUUUGCCUCUUUUCCUUCUGGCAUUGCCUGUCUUCAGCGCAUUGGUCUCAACUGUCGUCAUCAUUUCAAUCUUUUCUGGGCUUAUUUAGAGCCUAUCUAUUUGUCGGUGUUCCAUCUUCAAGCUCAAGUGUCUCAGUCUCUGCCCAGGUUAGAGACCACCCCACCGAGAACACAUGACUUGUCAAUGCAAAGCGAAAGACAGUCUGACCGAAAGCAAGAAAGACAAGAGGAAGGUAUGAAAAAUGGAGGGCAAGAGAAGGCUGAAUCAGAUAAUAAGUUGUACAAGAAUGGUGAAAUAUGGUAUCGAGACAAAGCAAUUUCAUUGAUGAUGUCAGGCAUAGAUUUGAUGAAACAAGUAAAGCUGAUGGCCUUGCGCAGACAAGCUACUUGCAAUCCCUACCACUGGCCAAUUGAGCCCAUCGACAAACUCGCCUUAAAGGUUUUAUUUUACUUAGUAUAA